CAUUCACCUGAUAAAGAGGUGUGGUUGAGUUUUUCAAUAGUCUGUGGACACUUCCUCAAACAAGCUGGUGCCGAUAUCACGAUGACAAAAUUAGACACUUCCUCAAGCAAGCUGGUGACGAUUUCACGAUAAGGAAAUAUCUACUGUACCUGUAGAAGCAGAUGUUUGAAGAAUGAAUAUCGUCCCAGGUCAAAUCCAGAUCCAAUUUGUACAGACGGUGCAUGGGGUGCAAAGGCAAACAGAUCCCAUUAUAAAGUGCAUUAUUGACAGGAAGUUGAAGGAGCUGAAGAAAUUGAUUAGAGGCGGCAAGGACUUGAAUAGACUGUACCCUUGUACUAAGUUGAAGGAUGAUGUUACCCCUUUAAUUGCUGCUGUUGCAUUUACAAAUGACAAUAUUUGUAAAUUUCUUCUGAAAGAAGGUGCUGACCCCAACAUCCAAUCAGCAAAUGGUUGGGUUCCUUUGCAUUAUGCCGCAAUGUCAAAAGCUCCUGUCAGUUUAGUGAGUAGAUUAAUCGCAGCAAAAGCAGAUCCAGAAGGGGCACCAAUCCAGAACUUUACUCCACUUCAAUUGGCGGCUAACAAUGACAGAGAAGACAUUGUGAAAGAGUUGAUGAUGUCUGGAGCAUUUGCUGAAAGAAAUCUCAAAGCAUAUCCCGCUACUGACCAAAAGAUAGCAAGCAUGAUUCAGAAAUUCUCCUCAGAGAGUGAGAAUUUUGUCAAAUUGAAGAUUUUUUAUGAUUUUUCUUGUGCAAUAGGACUCAAAUCAGUGGAGGAUGUUUUCAAUGAAUAUGGCAAACACAUGCUGGUGGUGAACCCUGUGAAUCAUCUCACACUAUAUGACAUGUCUUUUAACGCCUUUGGACAAAAUGCGGAUCAGUAUCGUCAAGCAUCCAUAAAGUGGCUGAGAGAAUCUCAGAAAAUUGAUCUCUACAUUGAGGAGGCAACCAAUCGUUUGCCUAAAAUUCCCAAACAUUUACAAGAUAUGGUAGUGAAUUGCUUGACAGCCGUUUUUAACAUUAUGAAAGAAAUAUCUCUUGGACUGUCACUGGUAGUAAUACCCACUCUUCUGAAAUACCUCACACAUGAAUCCAAAAGUACCCCUCAAGGACUAAAUCGCAACAUUUCAGUUGUCAGACUACUGUAUGUGAUUACUCAGAAAGCUCCAAAUCACAAACAUGGCUGGACCCUCCCUUUUGUUGAGGAGUUAUGCAAGAGGAUCAUCUCAUUCACUGAUCAAGCAUAUCUUGCCAAUCCUCAGACCUCCAGCUUAGGUGUCUUUACAUUUGGUUUGCUUGCAGAUCUGUACACCUUUGAUUGUGUACCUGCGAUUAUCACAUCACAAGGGAUAACCUCUGUGCCGGAGAAAAUACUUGUUACUGCUGAAAUGGAGAUGGAUGAAGACCUGAAAGAAAAGCUAAGGAAAUUAGAUGUGUCCCUACGAAGUCCAGUCCCACCAACGGAUACAACUGAACAAUUGCAGGGAAUGAAUCUGUCAAAGAAGAAGAAGAAGAAGAAGAAGACAAUUCAGGAAGAGUUGUCGGUAGAGAAAAGUACACCUGACAUGACUGAGAAGCCAGAUCUUGAUGCUUCAUCAAUUCCAGUUGAAGAAUCUGGUGUACAUGGUGAACAUUCCAGUGUUAAACCAUUUCCCUCCACCACCAACGAACUGAAAUCCCGGAAAUGGCACAAAGUUACAACAUAG